CUCCUGGGCAGCAGAGCUUGUGCCCACGUGGCAGCAGCUGCCUGGGCCAGUGGCUUUGUCUAUUCACUGCUGCACACGGCCAAUACAUUUUCACUGCCCCUGUGCCAGGGCAAUGCCCUGGGCCAGUUCUUCUGUGAAAUCCCUCAGAUUCUCAAGCUCUCCUGCUCCAAAUCCUACCUCAGGGAAUUCGGGUUCAUUGUGUUUUUCAUUUCUUUACUAUUUGGUUGUUUUGUGUUCAUUGAUUUCUCCUAUGUGCAGAUCUUCAGGGCCGUGCUGAGGAUCCCCUCUGAGCAGGGACGGCACAAAGCCUUUCCCACCUGCCUCCCUCACCUGGCCGUGCUAUCCCUGUUGAUCAGCACUGGCACAUUCGCUCACCUGAAGCCCCCCUCCAUCUCCUCCCCAUCCCUGGAUCUGACCCUGUCAGUUCUGUACUCGGUGGUGUCUCCAGCCCUGACCCCCUGGGCCCAGAACUGGACAUAG